UCAGCAAUGUUCCUCUUCGGAGAUUUAGAGUCUGGUUCAACAGCUCAGGAGUCUGGAAGCCAGAGGCUAAAGUGGUUGACAUCUUAUUGGUCCAGCCACCCACCCGCGGAACUUUGAAGCAGGGGAUUGGGGUGGGAAAGGAAGCCGAGAAGAGACAAGUGAAAGCACAGGGGGAGGUGCAGUCUCAGACCGGCCACAUUCUCCUCUCUUCCUGCCCAGCCUCCAGCUGGUCUCUCCUUCAGCUUAGCUCAGCCGCCUGCAUUCAGCCCAAUGUCCAGCUACGAAUUCAGCCCCGUGAGGUCAGGGGAGGAACCCUGCUGCCAGAUCUCUAAGAAAGCCCUGAUUGGUUUAGGCGUCGGGCUGCUGGUGGUGAGCCUCGCGGUGGUGGUCGCGGUCGUGGUCCUGAAGGUGCGCUCGCCACCUGAGCUCUUGGAGUGGCACGGGCGUGGCACCACCAGCCACUUUUCCGAGAUCGUCCUGGGACGAUGCUUCACUUACACUCAACUCAUCCGACCGGAGCUGAGAGAUCAAGACUGCCGAAAGAUACUGGAUGCAUUUAAAAGUGCAUUUCUUUCCAAGAAUCCUUGCAACAUCACAAAAGAAGACUACCAACCACUACUUAAGCUGGACACUCAAACUAUAGCCUGCAACAAGACUCUGUUUUGGAGCAAAUUAAAAGACCUGGUCCAUCAGUACACAGGGGUGCAGCAGGAGCUUUUCACCCUGGAGGACACGCUGCUGGGCUACAUGGCUGACCACCUCACAUGGUGUGGAGACCCCAGCACUUCUGACUUGAACUAUCAAUCUUGCCCUCACUGGAGGAAUGACUGCAGUAACAACCCUGGUUCAGUGUUCUGGAAAGCAAUUUCCCAGAAGUUUGCAGAAGCUGCCUGUGGUGUGGUCCAAGUGAUGCUCAAUGGAUCCCUCACUGAACCCUUUGACAAGAACAGCAUUUUUGGAAGUGUGGAAAUCUUUAAUUUGCGUCCAGAGAAAGUUCAUACGGUACAGGCCUGGGUGAUGCAAGAUAUUGGAAAAGGUCCCAGUGAUUCAUGCUCAGGGUCCUCCUUGAAUGAGCUGAAAUUGAUUGUGAACAAGAAGAAUAUGACAUUUGUCUGUCAGAAUAACUACAGGCCCGCCAGGUUUGUCCAGUGUGUGAAAAACCCUGAACACCCAUCUUGCAGAUCUCUCUAAGAUCUGAGCCACGGCUGCUUUAGAUCUCUGACUCCUUGCAGUAGACACCCUGUGCGGGACUCAGAAGUCACACUGGAGGAGAGCCGAAGCCAUGGGGAGGGAGCAUCCUCUAUCACUAUGUCAACGUGGGAGAUGGGCACCUUUCCCCCCAAAGUCUUAAAAUAACUUCUGUUAUAGGCAUAGUUCUUAUUGUGUUCUACUAAUAAUCAAGAAAAAAAAAACUGUGUUAUAAAAUCAGAAUGAAAAUUUUAUAUUAAGUUAUUUCCUUUUAAUGUUAUGUGAUCCUUUGAUAUUGGUAACAUCCUUUUUUCCCUAUCUUGGGGUGGUGGUUGUGGGGGUUGAAUCCAGGGCCUUAGCACAUGCUGGGCUAGUGCUCUACCACUGAGCUACACCUCAGCCCCUCCUUGCUAUUGAAUAGUGACUGUGGCAAACCUCUCCUAUUAGACCGGGAAAAAUAAAGAAAAUAAAUGGGCAAGCUUCUCAGAGACACUACAUUUCCAAAUGGA